GGUGAUUCUGCGCCUCAGUCUACAAUCGGACCGCUCGCGAAAUUGCGCGAACAAGUGAAUUUGGUGACUCAUAGUCGCGACGUCCGCGGAUUUCGUCAGUGUUUACAUUCCUUGAUCUCCGAUUUUAAUAGACGACAACAUGUUCGGUGGACUAGGAGGAGCUUUGAAGAACUUGGGCGGUAAAGCUGAGGAGCUGAUCGAAAAGAAAAAGAAGGAAGUUGAAGAAUUGGCGACCGAAAAGAAAAAUGCAGCUGCUUCUAUGAUCGAAAACCAGAUUAAAAAGACUGGUGAUUCCCUCUGGCAAGCUAAGUCAGAUGCCGAGAAGACAGCGACAGCCGUGGCUGAGGACAAUAAAAAGGCGGCCAUUGAAGCCUUUGACGCAGAGUUGAAGAGCGCAGAGAAAACUGUUGACGAAACCAUCCAAGAGACCAAAUCCUCAAGCACAGAAGCAGCACCUCCCUCGGAACCAACCAAAAGCGACGACUCACCCGUUGAUGCCAUCACUAAAGCAGUGGGGGGUCUAGAUUUUGGGAAAAUAGCAACUGGAGGAUUAGAUGCAACAGAAGCAGAGAAAGUGGUCGAUACUGUAGUCAAACAGGUGAACACAGCGGUGGACGAGAAAAUAAAAGAGGCUGAUCACUUCAUCGAUGAAAAGCGAGAAGAUGUGGUGCACAAAGCGCAAGAGGCUAUAUCAGGAGCUACAGCUGGGAGCGGCGUUGGUGCCAUGCUCGGCAAAGCAAAGGGUUUACUGGGAAGUAAGUAAAUCAAGAAAAUGGUCGUUGAGUCGCCAAACAAGAAGAAACUCGCUAAUCUCAGCUUAUUUUUUUACUCAUUAGUAUAAGAUGCAUUGUCUACAAGUUCAUCAUUCAGGUACCCUUUUAAAUGUUUAAUUAAGAUUGUCAAUGUUGUUUGUAAUUUUUCAUAGAUCUGUUAGAUACAUUCAAUUAAUGGGUCCUUAAAAGAGAGCUUUGAUUCAACUUGUAGAUCAAACCUCGGUUGUUCAGUCUCUUCCUCCAUAGUAAUUUUGUUAUGUUAGAUUGGAGGAAAUCAAAGCUCACUUCUGCUAUUUGAGUAAAUUUGAAAUUCUGUCAAAACUUGGAUUAAAAAAGAGAAAAAGCAGGGAAAAAUGAGGUCAUAGUAUGUGAUUGAAACUAAAGCACACCUGUGUGUUUUGAAUCUGCUAGAAUAGCUUACUGAAGUAGCGGUAAUCUUUGUAAAAUGUAAAGUUAACAACAAUUUAAAAAAAAAAAAAACAUUUAUCACACAGAUGGUUUUGCACGCAAAAUAUUUGAGUUAUACACUGAAAUGUGCAGCUUUUUCAUACUGCUCAUGUUUUAUCUUUGUGUUUUGCCUUUCGGAUUUCCAUUCGAAAACUAAUGCUUUAAAACAACUUUGUUCAAGAUUGGUGUUUUAAUAUGAAAUUACUUUACAUACAUACAUAAAUUCGUAGCUAGACACACGAAGGAAUCUUACCAUAUUGAUGUUGUUAACUACUGCAAAUGCUUUUUUCAAUGUUUAUUUUUAGAUUUGAUCUGACUGGUGAAAUAUUUUACACCAUGACAAGUAAAAUGUAAGUCAUUAAAUAAGUAAUUAUCCAAAUUAUUCCUUCCAGUCAAACUGGUGCAUUCCAUUUGAUUACUUGAAAAGACAGUUAGGAAUACUACUACGAGAACAUACUACUAAACUACUUCCGGGUACAUUGUCUGACUCUACUGAGGAAAUUGUUAGUGCUAUAAUCUUUGAUUUGGUUAAAAUGUUAAAGAUUAUUUGACUACAACCGCUGCUCUGUGAACUAGAUUAUUACAAUGCUGAGGUUCUAAAAACAAAUAAUAUGCGCUGCUGCUACAGGAAGAAAAUAAAAAAUUUAGCUAUGAUAAGUAACAGAGAUAAUAGGUCCAAAGAUUAUUACAAAAAAGAUUCUUAAUUCUGAGAAAUAAAAUAAUUAAAGUUUUUAAACAAGUGUAUUGAGGGGUCAAAAUGAAACCUCAGAAAUGAUUAUUUUACUCGAUUAUUUUAAAUUUCUUGAUAAUACCUCAAAUUUGACUCAAUAACUAGAUUUUCUUCACAGAGCCAGUCAAAUUGGUAUUUAAACUACUAAAGCUUCAGAAUACAAAAUACGGAAUAUUUGUUCCAUAUCAGCAGGUCUAUGAGUGAUCAAGUUAUCAGUGACUUCUGUUUUGUACAAAGCCAGCAGGUGGUGCUGUUACCGACCAUUUUUUCUCUUCACACGUUUCAUUUGACAGGAAUAUUUAGGAGAUAAGAUGAAUUUUGCAAACCUUAGGCAUGAAAUAUUGUCAACCCAGAUGUGUCUACAUACAUUAGAGUAAUUGAACACCCUUGCUUAGUGGUCAUUUUCUUAAAUUUCUUUCUUGAUCAGUUAUUUACUUAUUUAUUUAUUUUUCAGGCUCUCGAUAAAUAAUCAGAAUAGCCUAUGGUGAUUCUCAAGUUUUAAAGAAAAGUGUCUAAGUUCCCAAUAUUAUGAACGUACAGGAGGGUUCCAGAAGAAGGGCUCAUAAUAGUUCAGAAGAGCUUGUGUCUGGGAGCAGCGGCUAUCUGGACAAAUGAUCGGAGACACGAACUCAUCUAUGUUUUGUAGGCCCCUUUUCUAGAACCCUCCUUAAUUUUAGAAAUUGCUAUUAUUCGGGGGGUUCCCCCCCACCAAACAAAGAAUUCCUUUCUAGAAUCAUGGAAUUAAUAUUUUAGACUGUCACCAUGACAUCAAAAUAUUAUGGAGAAAUAGAGGUUGACAUUUCACUGUUAUCUUUUAUGUCAUAUGCUGUCAAUUAUUUUUUCUGAGUUUUUGCUCAUAAGCAGCCAAAUUCUUUAGGAUUUAAACCUACAAAAGCUAUAAUUUUCUCGAUCAUCAAAACUACUGAUGCCAAAAAAUAUCGUAUAAUCUACGUUUUAUUGAAGAAAAUAUUAAUUUUUACACAAGAGCUUGAAUUUUGUUGAUUGCAAUUGAUGCUUGAAUUAUACAUCUAAAAAUCAAGUCAAGUUCCUAAAAAUUCACCUGUAGGUUUUUUUGCACGAUAUUGGAUGAAUCUGUAGAUAAAGUAAGACCCAGUGCUUUGUGAAUGGAAAUUGUAUGAUGAAAUUCUUUUGAGCAAUUAUCUGACAGUACGAAAAGCAACUGCUCUCCCAAAUAUCUAUCUUGAACUGCUUGCUUGAAACUCAAAUUUGUGUGUGAAGUAAUUUGUGGAUGUUACAUUAGGAUUUUUGACAUACAAGAAAAAAUUCCUGAUUAUUGAAUGAUAAAUGUAUAUUUACAAAGAUUUGAACUGCUCUUAAAAAUAAUUAAUAUCAGACAAUGUAAACAUGAAUUAUCAGAAAAUUUUACACCACAUUCCGUCAAAGCACAAGAAUUAAGCAGUGGAAUACCUUCGAACACUGGAUUUUACUGGGAAAUCACAUUUACUGGAACCGGUCUUUAGAUCAAUGAACAUUGAUGAUUUACUACUUUGAUAUGAAUGAUUAUAAUUUUAUUUUUGUAUUUUUUGUGAGAAAAUAUUUUAAAAUUUAAGUUUGCUUCAAAAGCUUUAUUUUGUAUGUUAUUUGUACAUGUGUUAAAAUGUGAUGUUGAAUAAACUUUAUUAAAAUGAGUCAUUAAUAAA